AUGGAUACUACAAUUAGCCUAUUUUCUGGUGCAUCUGACGAUGAAGAGAUUUGGGUUGCUGAUCCUGGUAUAUCAACUAUCUUUACUGCAAUUGACUUUACAGAACAUGAACGUAUCCGAAAAACAACCUUGAAAGAAUACUAUCAUUUGUGUGGUUACAAGCUUGCUGCAAAGAAGACGAAAAGUGUAUUGCCUACUUUCAAGACUGCAAAUUUGACCUCGAUUUUACUAGCUGCUUCUGCACGUCUACAAAACCAUCAAAGAAUCCAUAACUACUACUAUCAAGAUGAUUGCACUAUUCCAGAUGAUAGCCACAGAUACCAACGCUAAUUACCCCACUACUAGACGUAUCUUGUGCUUGGCGUCUCUUCUCCCUCUCUCUACUGUUUUUUUUAAUAAAUGUACAUUAUUCUUUAUCCUAACCAGUUGCCUCUAAAAAAGAUGAUAUGCUCAAAAUUACAAAGGGAGUGUGCCCG